AUGGGGUCACUCAGGGCCCUGGCUUCCCUCUUAGUCCUACACCUGCUGCAGGGCUCACACGCAUCCCUAGUGCAACUGAAGGACAAUGGCUAUGAGGACGUCAUCAUUGCUAUAGAUCCUGGUGUGCCAGAAGAUGGAGAAAUAAUUGAACAACUAAAGGCCAUGGUGACCGCAGCAUCUACUUACCUCUUUGAAGCCACAGAAAAAAGAUUCUUUUUCAAGAGUGUGUCUAUAUUGAUUCCUGAGGCUUGGGCGCAAAAUCCUCAAUACAGGAGGCCGAAACAUGAGAGCUACAAACACGCUGACGUGAUAGUUGCACCACCAACCCUCCCAGGCCUGGAUGAACCAUACACCAGGCAGUUCACAGAGUGCAGAGCCAAAGCAGAGCACAUUCACUUCACCCCUGACUUUGUUCUGGGCAAAAAGCUAAAUGAAUAUGGACCAUCAGGGAGACUGCUCGUCCACGAGUGGGCCCACCUCCGCUGGGGGGUGUUUGAUGAGUACAAUGAAGACGAGCCUUUCUACAGCGCCAAGUCAAAGAAAAUUGAAGCCACAAGGUGUUCUGCAGGUAUCUCUGGGACAAACAGCAUUCAUACAUGUCAAGGAGGUAGCUGUGUAACUAGAAGAUGUAGAAUUGAUCCUACUACAAAAUUGUAUGAAAAAGGCUGUCAGUUCUUCCCUAAUAAAGAUCAAAAAGAAAAGACUUCCAUAAUGUUUAUGCAAAGUAUUGAUUCUGUUGUUGAAUUUUGCAAUGAAAAAAGCCAUAACCAAGAAGCUCCAAGUCUACAAAACCUAAAGUGCCAUUACAGAAGCACAUGGGAGGUAAUCAGAGAGUCAGAGGACUAUAAAAACACCACGGUGAUGGAGGAAACACCUCCUGCACCUACCUUCUCCUUGCUGAGGAUCAGUGACAGAAUUGUGUGCCUCGUUCUUGACAAGUCUGGAAGCAUGGGUGGUAGUGAUCGCCUCAACCGAAUGAAUCAAGCAGCAAAACACUUCCUGCUGCAGACUGUGGAGAAUGGCUCCUGGGUAGGAAUGGUUCAAUUUGAUAGUGUUGCAGACAUUACAAGUGAGUUAAUAAAAAUAAGAAGCAACAGCGAAAGAGACAUGCUUGUGACAAGAUUGCCUACACAAGCUACUGGAGGAACUUCCAUCUGCUCUGGGAUUAAAAAGGCAUUUGAGGUGAUUGAAAAGGCAGGCUUCCAACUGAAUGGGUCUGAGAUAGUGCUGCUGACUGAUGGGGAGGACAGCACUGCCAAAGCCUGUAUUGGGGAAGUGACGGAAAGUGGGGUCAUCAUUCAUCUCAUCGCCCUGGGACCAUCUGCUGAUCAAGCAGUCAUACAGAUGAGCAAUGAAACAGGAGGAAAUCACCAUUUUGCAACAGAUAAUGCUGAGAGCAAUGGACUCAUUGACGCUUUUGCGGCCCUGACAUCAGAAAAUGCUGGACUCAGUCAGAAGUCCAUUCAGCUUGAAAGUAAGGGAUUAAAACUGACCAGUGAUCCUUGGAUGAACGGCACUGUGGUCAUUGACAGCACCGUGGGAAAGGACACGUUCUUGCUCAUCACCUGGACUGUGCAGCCCCCCAGCAUUUCUCUCUGGGAUCCCAGUGGAGUGCUGACAGCAGGGUUCACUGAGGACACUGCUUCCAGGAUGGCCUAUCUCAGUAUUCCCGGAAACGCACAGGUGGGCACUUGGACUUACAGUCUUCAAGCCAAAGCAAAUCCAGAAACACUGACUAUUACAGUAACUUCACGGGCAGCAAACUCCUCUGUGCCUCCGAUCACAGUGAGCGCUAAAAUGAAUAAAGACACAAACAGCUUCCCCAGCCCCAUGAUUGUGUAUGCAGAAGUUCUACAAGGGUAUGUGCCCGUUCUUGGAGCCAAUGUGACUGCUGUCAUUGAAUCAAACAGUGGAAACACAGAAGUUUUGGACCUGCUGGACAACGGUGCAGGUGCUGAUGCAUUCAAAGAUGAUGGCGUCUACUCCCGGUACUUCACAAAUUAUUCAGCAAAUGGCAGAUACAGCUUGAAAGUGCGAGCUCAUGCAGGAACAAACUCUGCCAGGCGACGCUUAGGGCAUCCACGGAGCAGAGCUGCAUAUAUACCAGGCUGGGUGGUGGAUGGGGAAAUCGAAGGAAACCCACCAAGACCCGAAACUGAUGAGAAUGCUGAGACGGUUGUGGAGAGUUUCAGCAGAACAGCAUCUGGAGGUGCAUUCGUGGUAUCAGGAUUUACAUCAUCUGCCACUGACGUGUUCCCACCAAGUCAAAUCACAGACCUGGAUGCUGUGCCUGAAGGAGAAGAGAUCACUCUGACAUGGACAGCACCAGGAGAGGAUUUUGAUGUUGGCACAGUUCAACAAUAUAUCAUCAGGAUAAGUGGAAGUAUGCUUGACCUGAGAGACCGUUUUGAAGACGCCCUUCAAGUUAACACCACUGGCCUGUCACCAAAGGAGGCCAACUCCAAGGAAAGCUUUACAUUUAAGCCAGGAAGUAUCCCAGAAGAAAAUGCAACCCAUAUAUUCAUUGCCAUCCAAAGUGUAGACCAAAGUAACUUGACCUCAGAGGUGUCCAACAUUGCUCAAGUGGCUUUGUUUAUUCCUCAAGCAGAUCCCAGUCCUGAUGAAAGUCAACCUAAUCCUAGUCCCCCUGAAAAUUACAGUUCUGGAGUUAAUAUUUCUACUCUGGUCUUGUCAGUAGUGGGAUCCAUUGUAGUUGUCAGUAUUAUAGUAAGUACCACUAUUUGUAUCUUAAAAAAGAAAACCUCUUCAAGCAGACCAAGAACAGAGUUUUAA